GCUCCUGACGUUGAUACUCGAGUCAAAAAAACACUUGCGAAAGGGGCCGGAAGGCCGUGAACGGGUGUCGGUAUCGAAACCGGAGCGAUUCUCCUCAGGAGCCGAGGUGCUUCGCAAUGGUUACGUCCGCUGUCUUUUAGGGACCGUCUCUGAAGAAAGGGGAAACUGAGGCCCAAGGCAAGCCAGUCCUUUCCCUAAAGUCACAAAGCUGAAUUGGACUCUUGGGGACCCACCACCCCCACCGACCCCGCACUCUCCUUUCCACCACCUGGAAGCCUCCUCCCUGCCCCUGACUUCCCAGUAAGGACCCAACUUGGCUGGUUGCAGUUAAGAAAUGUAUGCCAGGGAACCCGCUGCUGGCCUCCCCCUGCGGGCGUUUCCCCUGGCCUCCUCAGCGCUCAUGCUGCUCCUCAGCAGCCUCUGGCUGCUUGGGGCUGGCCCCAGCCUCACCCUGGCUCCGGAGUUGCUGCUGGACCCCUGGCAGGCGCAUCGGCUGCUGACCCACGCCCUGGGCCACACGGCUCUGCCGAGCCUGCUUCUGAGCCUGCUGCUCCUGCCCACGCUGGGCUGGCAGCAGGAGUGCCAGCUGGGCACACUGCGGUUCCUGCACGCCUCUAUCCUGCUCACACUGGCUGCCGGGCUGCUGGCUGUGUUGUUGGCAGUGCUGGGGCUGUCGACCGCCGGCGGCUGCGGGUACAUGCCCGUCCACUUGGCCAUGCUGGCGGGGCAAGGGCACGACCUCAGGCAGCCCCAAGGGGCACUGCCACCAUGGCUAUGGCCAUGGCUACUGCUCGCCUUGACCCCGCUGCUCAGCUCUGAGCCGCCCUUCCUGCAGCUCCUCUGCGGUCUCCUGGCCGGCCUGGCCUAUGCCAAGGGGGCCUUCUGGUGGCUGGAGCUGUCGGAGCAGCGGCUGCAGGUGCUGCAGGAAAGUUUCCUGUGCAGGACGCUGGCCGGCUGCUGGCCACUGAAGCUGUUCCCCGCGCCGGGUGGCCAGACUGAGCUGCCCGUCACCCACCCAGGCGGAGUGAGGACUGCCAUCCCCAGACCUCCUUACGUGGUCUCCCCUAGUGCCUGGCCACAGGGUGACAACUCGGCCCUGCCGCCAGGACUGGGGGCUCAGCAGCUGCCCUGGGAGAGCAUGGAGUGGGCCAGGCUCGGUUUCUCCCCUGAGCCUUCCAUGUGGGCAGCCCUGGAUGAGCAGAUGUUACAAGAGGGCAUCCAGGCCUCGCUCCUGGAUGUGCCAGCCCAGGACCUCCAGGGCACAUUCCGGUUGCCAAAGUCCUCAGUGUCGUCUCUAAGGUUGCAGCAGCUGGAGCGCAUGGGGUUCCCCACAGAGCAGGCAGUGAUGGCACUGGCGGCCACAGGCCGCGUGGAGGGGGCCGUGUCACUGCUGGUCGGAGGGCAGGUAGACACAGAGGCCCUAAUGACAGAGGGCAGGACUGGCUCUGCCUACUCUAUGGGCAUCAAGCCCUCCUAGGCCCAGCGGAGGGCGUGAGCACCGACGACUGUGUGGGUAACAAAGCCAGGUCUGAGGCCAAGUUGCCUGGGCCCCUGCUGUUCCCCAACGGCCACAGCAGGCCACCCUGGUACUUGUUUCAAAUAAACACCAGCCUAUUUUUCAA